AUGCCGGCCCUCACUGUCAACCUGCUCAGCGGGAGGGAGGUCGAGGCAAACUUGUCGAACUUCGAAGGCAAUGGUGCAGAGCUGCGGGAAGUGGUCGGCUGCGCUUUGCGGGUCACGCCGUCUCGCCUCAGGCUGCUCACUGCGAACAACGUCGAGAUCGGUGAUGCUGAUGUGAUAUCGGAAGAGAUCCAGUGCCCGAUCACUGCGACGGUUGGAAAGGGCCAGGAGAUCGCCGAGUUUUGCCAAGAAGCCAUGCCCAGCUUCACUUCGAGACCUGUCGAAGAUGCCCUUAACCUUCCAAAGGGCACAGAAGAUCUGUCUGAUGGCAUCUUGUUGGGAAGAGCGAUAAUGCUUGGCAUCAAGAAGGAAGAGUCGAGGAUAUGGCGCAAGUAUCUGCGCAUGCUGAAGGCACACAAUGCCAACAAGUGGAACUUCGAUCCCGAGGAGGAAUGGGACGAAUGCGGAGGCGAGUGGUCAGAGGAGGAGCAGACGCAGGCGAUAAAGCCCCACUGGCAAGAGGCAAGAGACGGGCUGCAAAAAUGCCGGAAGGCGGCCAGUGGUUUCGUUGAGCUGGACAAGAGGCUGCAGCAGAAGUUGAAGCUGCAGUUCUUCUGUCGAUGGGAGGAGCAUGAGGAGAACGGCCAGACCAAGCGGCACCGGGUUUAUGGAAUCCGGCAAGCAUACUCAGCCGUGGAGUUUGAAAAGGUCUUGGGUUCCUGGUUAGAGCGAGAGAAGCAAUGGGACAAGGCAGCAUCCACUUCCAUUCUGUCAUCUUGGAGGGAACGCAUCACCACGGUCAUCGAAGUUGAGCGUGAAAGUGACUCCGACCAAAUCCUCAAGCUUUUCUCCACUUACUGCAGCUUGCUGACGGCGGCGCACGCCGGCCAGGAAGCGGCUGCCUGGAUCAAACCCUACACGAAGACGACCGUCGAAGCGCUGCUGAAGGGCCUUAAGAAGGAGGCGUUCAUGCUGAGGGCGGAUGCAGGACUGGUUCCCCGGAACUGUCCCGAGAGUAACGACCCGGACCAUCCGGAUUUCAUGGCCGAAAGGAGCGACAAGGUGAUCAUCGAGUCCAUGGGGCUCCUCCACUCAACGGCGGCAUCUGUCGAAGGGCUGAGGGAAGGGCUCUGGUCAUUCUUGGGAGAUCUCGCAGAAGACCGGUGUGACCCUUUACGCUUUCUUGGGAUGAGACUCCUGACGCAAUACCACCCAGCCAACGAAGCGACGCAGCAGCUGUUCCAGAAGUUUACAGAGUUCGACUGGCCUCACGUGCGCGAGAUGGCUAAGGCCGCUCUGGAGGAGUGUCAGUCUGCCCCCGAGCACCCUCAGUCCAACGGAGUGGAGGAAGUUCCGACCGACUGCCCAUCCCCUCGAAGCUUGUACCUGAGAAGUAUGAAAUCGAAUCCGAUCCGGCUGACCAUUCCCCGCCUUGGAGGGAGACGGCGUAUGCGAAGAGGACCUCGCGGUGAGGAUUACGACCCGGGCAAGCACGUGUUGUUCAUCGUGAGGGACGAUGAAGAGGAUGAGGACGAGUACGAGGAGGCAGUCGAAGCUCUUCAGGUCUCCGUGUCCCUUGUUCCACAGCUGGCUGGGCCUGCUCGUUUCGAGCGUGCCUUGGUUCUAGCACCGUCCAUGCUGAUCCGCGGCGAGGACAGCGUUUGGCAGCGGGAGCUUCGAGAGGUGAGUGCACAGUGGCAGGAACCUCUGCGUGUGUGGCAGUGGCACGGCGAGCGCGCAUGCGACCUCCGAUACGAGGCGGAGGCAGGGGUGGUCCCUUUUCCAAUCAGCCGGGCACUGCAGAGGGCCCAAGGGGUUGCGGAGAGCAAGCUUCAGGACUACGAAUUGGCUGAAAAUAUUUCUUUGACAAAGAGUGCACUCGCAGCAGAUGCGGCUGCAAAGAAGAUGUCCUUGAUGGAGGACAUGAAGGCAAAGGCCUCUGAACAACAGGCUCAGGUGGAGAUGAGUCGGAAGGCAAUGGUCGCGGCUGAGGAGGCAGCCUCCAAGCAUGAUGAACACAACGCAGGCUUGGAGAACGCACUGAGCAAGUUCAACGGCCUGAGUCAAGACGUUGAGGGGCUGCAGGAGAACGUGACCAUGCUGGAAGAGGCCCUCGCAUUGACCCUGGCGCGAAUGCAGAAGCACCUUGACGCCGUGAAGGCUUCGACAGCACAGGCAGCAAGUGAUGCCGAGCAGGCAGCACAGAAGGCGCAGCAGGAGUUGCGAACUUUGCAGGGCGAUUUCGACAGGGCCGUCUCGAACGCCACGAAGUCUGAGGCAGAGUCCAAGGAAGCUGCAGAUGCCGCACGCGGUGCCAAGAAGGAUCACGAGGAUGGCCAGCAGACGGUGGAGUUGAUCAAGCAACUCCGACGAGCCGUCGACGAGUUCUACAGUGCAGUCGACGAAGUUGUCUACAGCGAUCAUUCCGGUUCCUUCGAAGAGGACCCUCUGUUGAAGCCUGCCCUCAAGAAGUACAACGUCAUGGCUGCCAGCUUCAUGAAAAUACAGAGCGUCGCGCCAGACGUUUACGAGAAGGUGAAGCGCGCCAUGCCGGAGAUCGAGCGGAACUACGAAUCGGCAAUUGCUGUGAAGUGCGACCCAAAAGAGGAGCUGAUGAAUGGGGACGAACCCCUUCCGGAGUUUGACGCGCAGUGUGGCAGUGGCCUCUUCACCAAGGUCGGCAUGACGAAGCUGAUCAUCCCAGAGACCCCUGCCAGCUGA